AUGGCAUCUCCAAAGGUUGUUUUUUGUCUGAUGUGUUUGUCCUUAGGGAAAAUAGCUCAGAUGACUGAUCUGAAAUUCUCCUCAUCUGUUCGCCAAGAGAAAGGUUUUGUGUCUGUUAAUACCGGGGACAGCUUGACGUUGCAAUGUUUCUAUGAAGGUGAUGUUGCAAGGCUUUACUGGUAUAAGCAGACACUAGGGCAGAAACCAAGGCUAGUCUCCACCUUCUAUAAGUACGAAAGAAAUGGCAUUUUCCAUGAUGAAUUUAAGAACAAUCCACGCUUCACACUAGAUACUAGCCUCAAUAAAAAUCAGUUGAAGAUCACAGAUUUGCAGAUUUCAGACUCAGCUACUUACUACUGCGCAAGUAGCUACACAUUUAUUUUAGAAUUUGAGGAGGGAAUGAUUGUCAGUGUAAAGGGUUCAGGUUUUGACAUCCAAGCUUUGGUCCAUCAGUCGGCAUCUGAGAGCAUCCAGUCAGGAGGUUCUGUGACUCUGAACUGUACAGUACACACUGGGACCUGUGAUGAUGGAGAACACAGUGUUUACUGGUUCAAAAACUCUGAAGAAUCUCAUCCAGGACUCAUUUACACACAUGGAGGCAGGAAUAAUCAAACACCCACCUGUGUCUACAACUUGCCGAUGAAGAGUCUGAAUCUUUCUCAUGCUGGGACCUACUACUGUGCUGUCGCCUUAUGUGGACACAUACUGUUUGGAGAUGGGACCAAGUUGGUCGUUGAGCGUGAGGUGGAUUAUUUUGUCUUGGGGAAUUUCUGGCGCGGGGCUUUCGCCGUCACCACCAUCCUGGUUGGUGUACUGGGUAUCUUAGUAUGUGUGAUGAACAAGAGAAACCUCUCUCCUUGUGAUGAUGCUCAUAGAAUAAUUUCAGCUGCCUCAAAAAGAAAUGCAAAGGAUUACCAAUGUGGAGAUAACCUCCAUUACUUUGCUUUGAUGGAGAUCAAGAUCAACAAAGCAAGAAGACAGACAGACGACACCUGGAGUGAAUGUGUGUACUUUAGUGUAAAACAGUAGAGCUGAACAUGUUCUAUCUUUGUGUUUAAUCAGACAAGAUCUCAUUAGUGUCUUUUUAAGAG